AUGAGAAUGGGCCCAGAUGUUCCUCUGCUGAACGACCACAAACAAGAAUUCCUCCUGAAACGUUUUCCGCAGACUGUUUUGGGCGGCCCUCGAUUUAAAUUGGGACACCCUGCGCCUCUUUAUGUCUACGUGAACCAGAUUCUUCUGUUCCUGCUACCAUGUCUUCUGGGAGGUGUGGGGACGCUGCUCUAUCAACUAAGUAUUCUGCAAGACUAUUCUACGGCUGCUGUUUCUGGAGGACUCAUGCUAGUUGCAGCUGUUACUGUCCAGGCAGCAAGCCUGUACGCAAAACAGAAAACGGCUUCGGUGGAAAGAGUGCAUACUCACAGUACCCUAACGGAUGAAGAUGAAUGGGAGUUCUCUAGUUGUCUGGGCUCAGAGACAGUCAAAUUUAUUAUUCCAGGCAAGAAAUACAUAGUUAACAUCAUCUUUCACUCACUUCUCGCUGGGGUGCUGUGUGGCUUAGGAACUUGGUACCUUCUACCUAAUAGAAUCGCCUCGUUGUAUGGAGGUAACAUUGGAGGAACUGUUAUGAUCUUUGUCUUUGGUUGGGUAACGGUCUGCAUUGGGGAGUACUCCUUAAUUGUCAAUACUGCUUCAGAGACAGCUACUUACCAAGCACUAGACACUUACGAAAUUGUUCCUCUGAUGAGACCUUUCUACAUUUUUGUCUUCUUCGCAGUGGACCUCACUCACAGGUAAAAAUGUAUGCGCUGCCUGCAGCCCUCACUGCCUUAGAAGAUUGUAAUUUAUUUCUUGCUAUGGAAGCCAGGUUAUAAUCUUUUAAACAAAUCAGUACUUUUUACUGGUCCAUCUUGUGCAACAUCUUUCUGUAAACAUUUGUAUUUAGUUACAUAUAUUGAAACAAUCCGUAAGAGGACUCAAAAACUCUUCAGCAAAAUGGUGGGCGACUGGGUGUAAAAAGCCUGUCUUCUGUCACAGAAAUAAUACACAUUUCCAUUUUUUGUCCAGAUUCAUUGCUGAUGUUCCAGCUUUAAAACUGGCAAACCAGAUUUUGCACGUUGUGUUUUUCUGUUUGCCAUUCUUGUGGACUCUGGGAAUUUUGCCCCCACUGGACGCACUUUUUCUCUGGGGAAUGGAACAAGUGUUGGAGCUCGGUCUAGGCGGUUCACCCAUGUCAAGUAACACAAGGUAAUCAUUGUUUGGCAUAAGAAUACACAUUUAUUCCUCUUCAGUUUCAUUCUGUUUUAUGGGUUUUUAAAUGCAUGGUAAAUUCUGCAUUUUAAUAUUUUCGUUUUGUAAAAGCAAUGAACAAAUAGUAGUAAUCUGUUGCAGCAAAAACAACUUAUUUUGUGGCAUCUUAAAGGCGAAGACAUGUAUUAAAGCUUAACCUUUCAUGAACUAGAGUCCUCUUAAUCGGAUGCAGGAAGCAUUAUCCUAAUGGAACUGUAAACAGUGACGUUUGAAAGAAAUGGCCUGCAUUUUGCAUCCUCCUGAAUUCAUUCCUUCAAAUUCCUCACCCUCUGCAACCAUAGCUGCCGAUUUAGGUUAACAUUUUGCAUAUCUGUUGAAGUGAUCUCCAGUCUAAGAUAAUUUAUGCUCUCAUAAGUUUAUUAGGUUCUGGGGUGCCAAUAUAUUCUUUAUUUUAAAAACCAUGCAGUUCAGCAGACGCAUAUCCCUAAACUACACACAGGCUUCAAAGCAAGUUUCGCAAACCCUCCAGACAGUUUGCAAAACUACGUAGGAGAUGAAUUGCUAAUAUGAUGCUCAACUCAAACUUCCAGUAUGCCGUGUUGUCAUCACAUUGUGUAUAGGACCAGGAGCAUCCUGUUGAAAAUCACAGUAGGUGAAGAAGCUGAUCCUUGGAUCUGCUUGUGGUAGAAUGGAAAGGUAUGAACACGUGAAGCUGCCUUAUACAGACCCUCUGGUCCAUCUAGCUCAGUAUUGUCUAAACUUACUGCCAGAGACUGUCCAGAGUUUCAGACAGGGAGUCUCUCCCAGCUCUACCUGCAGACGCCAGGUAUUGAACCUGGGAACUUCUGUAUGCAAGGCACAUGCUCUGCCACUGAAGUACAGUGGUACCUCAGGUUAAGUACUUAAUUCGUUCCGGAGGUCCGUUCUUAACCUGAAACUGUUCUUAACCUGAAGCACCACUUUAGCUAAUGGUGCCUCCAGCUGCUGCUGCACCACCGGAGCACGAUUUCUGUUCUCAUCCUGAAGCAAAGUUCUUAACCUGAAGCACUAUUUCUGGGUUAGCAUGGUCUGUAACCUGAAGCGUAUGUAACCCGAGGUUCCACUGUAUGGCUCUUCCCAAAAUGAAAAUAGACCCAACUCUCCAGAUGUCAUUUAUGACUUCUUCCUAACUAAAUAAAUCUUUUUUCUCCCCUUUCUAGGCUGCUAUUCAUGUUUUUGAUUUCUGUGGGAACAGCUGUUGCCUCUUAUUUCAUCCCCAGCACUCUUGGUGUCGUCCUCUUCAUGACUGGAUUUGGAUAUGCAUUGAGUCUUAACUUAAGAGAGAUUGGGUUUGCGUUCAAGUGCACUGUGAUCAACUUCUUAGCCUCCGACAAGUAUACAAAGGCACCUGGCUGUUGUGGGACCCAGUUUGGAUGGCGGGAAUUUGUUUUCUAUUUGACUGCAUUGACUCUGGCUCUCCUGGAAGCUGGCCUGUUGCACUCCUUCCUCGGUCCUCAGGCGUUUUCUAAAACCAGCCUCCAGGCUGUUGUGAGCUAUUUGCUGAUAGCAUUGCUCCUUGCGACGUGGAUUCUUGGACAGUUUCAGACCGUGUACCUGUUCGGAAUGUUGCGAAACCCGUUUUAUCCAAAGGAUGUCAUGACUGCGAAUGUAUUUGUGGAGAAACAAAAGAGGCUUAAGAAAAUUGGUGUGCUCAGAAGGAUUUUGCUAGCUGUAGGUAAGAGAGUCCGCAGCCUUCUGUAUUAUGUAUAAGCUGGAGACUGAAGAAGGUUCAUGAAAUGUUCUACACGUACAUUCCAAAAUAACCCACAUUAAGUGGAGCAAGGCAUUUAAAUCUUAAUGAUCUGAGGGUUUACUGAAUAAGUAUUCCUUUAUAAAUGCCACAAUCUGUGGAAUAUACUGAAUUGCUGAGUUCUCCCUUAAAAAUGGGACGUGGGUGGCGCUGUGGGUUAAACCACAGAGCCUAGGACUUGCCGAUCAGAAGGUCAGCAGUUCAAAUCCCCGUGACGGGGUGAGCUCCCGUUGCUCGGUCCCUGCUCCUGCCAACCUAGCAGUUCGAAAGCACGUCAAAGUGCAAGUAGAUAAAUAGGUACCGCUCCGGCGGGAAGGUAAAUGGCGUUUCCGUGCGCUGCUCUGGUUCGUCAGAAGCAGCUUAGUCAUGCUGGCCACAUGACCCGGAAGCUGUACGCCGGCUCCCUCGGCCAAUAAAGCGAGAUGAGCGCCGCAACCCCAGAGUCGGCCAUGACUGGACCUAAUGGUCAGGGGUCCCUUUACCUUUUACCCUUAAAAGUAAGCUUCGAUUUAAUGGUAAUUCUUCGAUUCUGAAGCAGGAGUGAGAAACCUGUGGCCCUCUAGAUGUUGCUAGACUACAACUUCCAUCAUCCUUAACCAUUUGCCAUGUUGAGUGAAGCGAGUGCCCACUAUAUCUGGAGCACCAAGGGUCCCCUAACCCAGUGCCAAUCUAGAAGAAGGCAUUUAGGAGAUAAUAUCUGAUUCACUACCUAAAUUAAUCAUUCAAAUAAAAUACAAUUUAGCUGGUGUACUGAAUUUCAGAACACAGUAGAAGAAUUGAAUUGGCCAUUAUCUAGCACAGAACUGUAGAAUUUAAGGCAUACGAAGCAAUGAAAAACAAUAGGUUUUACUAUCAAAGGCAAUUGACCGGGAUAUCUAAUUUGACAUGUUACAACUGAUUUCAAAUGUUUCAGAACAUCCCUUCUCUCCCCCUCUCCCCAAUUUGCUGAAUAAAAAACUUUCUAUAAUUUUUUUCUGUAAUUAUAGUAUAUCAUUUCUCUAGCAAUUGGCAGAUCGGUCUUAUUAUACAAAAAGGCUACUGGAUUACACUGACUUCAGAAAGUGACAAAGACAUUAUGUCAAUGCCCCUUGCAAUAAGAUUUUCAAAACAGCUUACAAAAUGAAACAUAAAAUUGCUUGACAUUAAAGCAAAAUAAGAACCAGUUAUUAAAAGUCAAAACUGUUAGCACAACACUAAGGUCCCAGUUAAGCAUUUUCUAAUGGGGGAUGAACGUCUGCCCACUCAAUUUUGAAGAGAUGUUAGAACAUAUACACCUAUUCUGUAGACAUCUUGCAUUUUUGCCAGAGAUAAAAGCCAAUCUGGGCCUUUCAUAAGAUCUUGGAACCAGUGAGAGUCAACCUAGAGAACGUCAGCCACUUGAGAGCCACAUAACAUCAGUGUAAAAGAUUUUUAAAGGCCUGAUAAUCAUUACGCAUAUAAUUCCAUUUUUACCUGCAUGCACAAAUUUAAGUGCACUGUGUUGAACUCUGUUUUAGUAAAUGAAACAUUCAUUGCUGCCACCUUUCCAGCUUCCCAGGGAAUCCCAAAUAGACAAAACUCUGUAGAUCAUGGUUGCAAAAUCUCUGUUCUGAAGCACGCCCCUUAUGUAUAUACUUCUUGUAUAAGGAAAAACAUUGUGCAUAAUUUCUUUUCUCUUGUAAUUUCAGUGUCUCCAUUUGCUAUGAUAGCGUUUCUUUCCCUAGACAAUUCUCUGCAUCAUCUUCCAUCUGUAUAUGUUUCCAUUGGAUUCUCAAGAGGCUUUAGAAUGGUAACUUUAAAGUAUUUUGUAAAAAAAAAAAAAAAAAGCACCAUGGAAGAAAAGCACUUAAUUUUUAGGGAAGAUAGAAUAACAAAUGGAUGUGAGAAUUACAUUUUCCAGUUCCUGAAAGGAGAUAUUUAUUCAUAAUAAGGGAUUUUGACCCACGUAAUUUGGUGGUAGACAAUGUGACUUGUAUGUUCACGGCCCCAAGUUUAAAUUUAAGUAUCUCUAGUUAAAGAAUUCUUCGGUAACAUUGACCUAAGUCAUUGUUGGUCGUUGUUUGGAUUUAGGCAAGGGAUUGUUUUCUCCCGCAGAUACCAUCGUGUAUUGUGGAGGGUAAAGGACUGGCCAGCGUUAACGUUUGUAAGGAUUACUGAGAUAAUGCAUGCAAAGUAUUUUGACUACUUGGAAAGCAUUAAUAGAGCACUAUUUAUAAAGUGCUUUUUCUAUUAUUAGCCAAGGUUCACUCUAGCUUACUGGUUUGAUGUACCGUGUUUAAAUCUAGAUGUAUUUUGUGUCUGGAAUAUUGCCAUGGUCUUGUAUGGAGUUAUCUAGUGCAGAAUUCAGCUUGCCAAGUUUGAGUUUAUUGCUAUUUUUUUCUUUCUCUUCUCCCCUCUCUCUCUCUGCCCCCCCCCCCCCCGUUUAUCACCAUUUUGGAUGUGCUGUUGAGAACAUGGGGGAAUUAUAUGGUCUGAACUUUGAAUUCUGAGAGAGGUACGAAAAAAGCUGGCAGUGGGAGCAGCUGGUGCGAGUAAUUUCUUGCUCUCCGUUAUGGGCUCUGUUUGUCUGACUCUGCCAAUGCUCUAUUGCCCAAUCCCAUUUUAUUUUCCUCAGGACCUGAGUAAAUGUUCCAGAUUAAUUGAAAACCAGAUUCUUGGAAUUAGAGCAAGUCACACAAAACAAGCACAUGGUGGACUGCACAUGUUGUUCUUAGCCUAAGGCAGUACAGUGGUGCCUCGCAAGACGAAAUUAAUCCGUUCCGCAAGAGUCUUCGUCUAGCGGUUUUUUCGUCUUGCGAAGCAAGCCCAUUGACGGAUUAGCGCUAUUAGCGCUAUCAGCUGUUUAGCGGCUAUUAAAGGCUUAAAGGCUUAGGGGAUUAGCUGCUAAAAGGCUAUUAAAGGCUAUUAAAGGCUUAGCAGAUUAGAUAAAGGGGGGGGAAAGCGAAAAAAAUCUCAAGACUCGCAAGGUAUUUUCGUCUUGCGAAGCAAGCCCAUAGGGGAAUUCGUCCUGCGAAGCAACUUCAAAACGGAAAACCCUUUCGUCUAGCGGUUUUUCCGUCUUGCGAGGCAUUCGUCUUGCGGGGCACCACUGUACUUCUAUAACCUAGCAGUUCAAAAGCACGUCAGUGCAAGUAGAUAAAUACAGUGGUGCCUCGCAAGAUUUGGAAAAGCUUCAAAAAUCACCAAAGUCUUUAAAAACCUCAAAAAAGGCUACCACCCCGCGUUCUAUGAGUUGCUCCUCGAAAUCAAGUCGCAACUGUAUUAACGGUGUUAAGAAAAAGGAAACAAACUUGCAAGACGUUUCCGUCUUGCGAAGCAAGCCCAUAGCGAAAAUCGUCUUGCGAAGCAGCUCAAAAAACAAAAAACCCUUUCGUCUAGCGGGUUUUUUGUCUUGCGAGGCAUUCGUCUUGCGAGGUACCACUGUAGGUACCGCUGUGAUGGGAAGGUAAACGGCGUUUCAGUGAGCUCUGGUUACCGUCACGGUGUUCUGUUGCGCCAGAAGCGAUUUAGUUAUGCUGGCCACAUGACCCGGAAAGAUGUCUGUGGACAAAUGCCAGCUCCCUCGGCCUGAAAACAAGAUGAGCGCCGCAACCCCAUAGUCACCUUUGACAUGACUUAACCGUCCAGGAGUCCUUUACCUUUUUAUUUUUUAGCUUCUAUAAUAAUAUGAGAAUUACUGUAUGGGACAAAAAUGGCAAACAGAGGAAAGACCAGCAAAUUUUAGGCAUCAUUAAAAAAAAAAAAGACACUUGAAUAGCUCUUUGGUGGUCAGGCACCCAAAAACAUUUGAGAAACUCCUGCAAAACAAAAACAGAGGAAUAACAGCUUUGGGUUGUAUACAACACUGCAUGAACAGUGUUCCAGUUCUGAGGGCCUUCUGGCCGUUCCCUCACUGCAAAAAGUUACAGGGAACCUGGCAAAGGGCCUUCUUGGUAGUGGUACCUGCCCUGUGGAACGCCCUCCCAUUAGAUACCAGGGGAUGUUAAGGGGGAAAAUAACUAUCUUGAGUUUUAGAAGACAUCUGAAGGCAGCCCUGUAUCAGGAAGCUUUCAAUGCUAGAUGUUCACUUGUUUUUUUAUAUUAUGUUGGAAGUCGCCCAGAGUGGCUGGGGCAACCUAGUCAAAUGGGUAGGGUAAAUUAUUACUAUUAAUGGGCCUCCAUUUCCUCUCGUCCCCAUGUGCUUCCACGUACCUCCAAAAUCUCCUCUGUUAGGUCUCCAGAGCAGAUUUUGAGGGUGCACGAGGGAGCUGUAGAAUACAAGUGAGGAAGGCACAGUUCUGUGGUGCACACAGAAUUCCGUUGCAUGGAUGGAGCUGCAGCGUUGAAUAUAGCCCUUUUUAUUUUAAGUAUUAAACUUCAGAUCAAGAGUGAGAUGAACAUAUUGUGAGUCAAUAAAGUAAUCUCUGUUCCAGGUAUGGCAGGAUACAGAGCAUGCUUUGUUGGAUAUGGUGGUGGUGUCAACUGUGCAGUUGCUGGUGUUCAGUACUGAUCUUUGGUGGAAUAGAAGCUUUGAUACAGGAAUCAGGCUCUUGCUGGUAAGUCUGAUUUUAUUUGUCGCUUCCUUCAGCAUUACUAUUCCUCCUUUCAUAUAUAUAUCCUAGGUGGUGAACCAAGUAAGCAGAAAUUAAAGCAAAUUAUUAAAAGGCCAAUUAAAAAAUAAACAAGUCAAGAACAACAAGUCAGAGUUGGUAUCAAACAAUGGCACUGUCAAAACCUGUUUUUAAAAGGUCAGACCUGCCUCUUGGAGAAGGUUAAGUCCUAGCUGCUCACCAAAAGGCAAGCAGUAGUUGGGCCAGGGAAAGUUUCUGUAGCAGGUGCCACCACUUAAAAGGUCCCGUGCCUCAUGCCUUUCCCCCACCCCCAGUGGACGCCAAAAAAUUGAAAGCAGAAAGCCCCGUACAGAGAUUUCUCUGUUGUGGCACUGCAGCAGACUCAUGUGAGUGUGGGGUGGUUCUUAAGAUACUCUGGUCCCAGGCCAUAUAGGGUAGCUCUUAAGAUAAAUUGAUAACCCAGACAGAUGGUAUUUGAUCUGACCUACAUACUCCAAUUAGCAUUGCAGCCAUGUUCUGGAUCAUUUUGGACAUUCAAACUACUACAUGUAUGAAAGUUUGUUUUUAUUUGUAAAAUUGUAUUUUAAUACCUGCAUCAUUUUAUUCUUUUAAGACAUUUAGAAGCCUGUUUUGGGAUUAAGUAGUAUGUAAUAAUAAUAAUAAUAAUAAUAAUAAUAAUAAUAAAUCUUAUGAAACGUGCUAUUGCCCUUCAGCCCUCCCCUAUUCCUUCCCAAAUAGACUCCUAUUUUGAUUCAAACCAGAGUUAGGGUCAGAAAACCAAGUGACAACCAAUUCAAGCUUGAUAAUAAUAUUCUGAGGGCAUUCCAACAACUUUAGCAAUACGAAGUGCUGUAGAAGAGCCUACAAUUUAAAGAAAAAAUGAUAUGCUAUUUCUGUCCUGCUAGGUCGGAAUAAUCCGGGAUCGACUGUUUCAGUUUGUUUCAAAACUGCAGUUUGCACUUACUGUUCUCUUGACAUCAUGGACAGAGAAAAAGCAACGCCGGAAGUCCACUGCUACCCUGAUUACACUCAACAUUGUCUUCUUUCCAGUUGUACUGACCCUCAUAUUGCUGUCUGCACUUCUGUCUUCCCCCCUGCUGCCCCUUUUCAGUCUCCCAAUAUUUCUGAUUGGCUUUCCAAGACCUAUCCGAAGUUGGCCGGGACCUGUGGGUGUGACGGCCUGCAUAUGUCCUGACACCAUAUAUUAUCAGCAAAUGAUUCCAAGUUUGACUACUGCAUUGCAGUCGGCUCUAUCCAAUGGUAGCCUGGGUAAGUAAGCUUCAAAACAACUUUGUCACUCAUUAGAUCACAUUUUAUCAUGUGCUGAAAACUGACCUGACUACGUGGCUAUGAGGCCAGUUUGAAUUGGACCUUGCAUACCCAGAAGCCUCCAGUUGAUUGUAGCAGCUGUGGCCUCUAAAGGCUGCUACAGCUGAAUGGAGGCUUCUGGGUAUGUGGGGUAUGGUUCAAUCCCAUAGUGGUUACCAGAUCUGGGAAAUGAUUUUCUCAUAACAGUAAAUGGAUAUAAUAAGCCGGUGCAAUAUAAGAAGACUAUUCUUUGUUACUAGGGUUGAUGGGUGGGGAUCUAUGUUAGACAUUUUCAAAGGUAAGGGGAGAAAUGCAGUAGGAAACCUCUUUGGCUCACAUUGGAGAGUGCUGUGCUAGGGUAUGUAUGCCUUGGGGAUUUAAAUGAUUUUAAAAAUUAAUUAUCAGGAAAAAAUUACCUGGUCUUUAAUGGGUGAGGCCUUGACUAGACAUGUCUUGGCAGGAUAUCACUUUAUGUUUUAAGGUUAAGGCGUAUUUUAUCAGUUUUGGCAGCUAUGCACAAUUAAGGAAACCUUUACAAAAAUGUUAGCAAGAGAAUGCACUCUAUUAGCUCAGCAGGAUAGAAAAGGCUAUUUUAAAUUUUAACUAAUGUAAUGGCAGGUUUCUUAGAUUGCAGUUGCUUUAUUCUGAAACUCCGUAGUUUUAACUGUGCCAACUGAGAUAAUUUAGUAAUCAGUGGUAUGCACUCAGCCGGCAUCUGACACAUCUCAAACCCCUGCAGUUAUGUGGGGGAAGUAGUUUUGCUUCUACGACAAAAUAGGUUUGGUUCGAUUCAGUAAUGUUCUCUUUAAGAGUGUAGUUGCAAAUAAUAGUUGUGCACGAACAGUUGUGCAGAGCCGAUUCCUCUCUUCCAUGCUGGGGUGACUGCAAGAGCUUUGUCUGCCAAAAGUCUCUCCUCAACAAUUGCUGUUAGUGUGGCAGCCCUUUCCUGUAAUCAUUAAAGGUGAGAUUUUGUUGAUCCGUUCGGCACCACUGUAUCCACUAAUGGAAACAACCAAUUCAAAGCAGAAAACCUCAACAGAAACUCCCGACAUCCAUGCGUCUCCAAACGUCCGUAGCUAGAAUCUGUUUGUAACCUGUCGACACAAUUUCCCCAUCUCUCCAUUAUUUUCGAGGGUUGUCAUUUGGGUCAGGGUUUGUCCUUUUUGUCUCUCUCUCACAAUACCUUUUUUUAAAAAAUGGGAAACAGUAACCCCAUGCAGCUGUGUCUUUGUAGAAACUGUGUAUGUCAGUGUGAUAGCUGCAGUCAUGUACAGCUGAGCUUCAGUAAGCAAUUUCAGGAUUAUGGCUAUGAUGUAUUUAGUUUGUUACUUUAACCCCACUUUUCUGUGAAUAUAACAACCAUUGCCUUGAUUCCUGCAUUGCAGGCAGUUGACCUAGAUGUCCCUCAGGGUCCCUUCCAAAAUGCCGCUCACCAAUCCUGCAGCAAAAAUUAAUUCUUUGUGUGUGUGUGUCUUUUUCAAAAGGACUCUGCUCACCUGGCUCUCACUACUUGUGCCGAUUCCAAGACAGACUGGUAUGGAUCCUUGUGUUAGAAAGAGGCUUCACUUAUUGUUGUCUUAAUAUCAAGGUGACUAUUGCUAAGCCUACCUGGUACCAUUGUGGCAGAGGAGUAGCUGCCCCCCCCCCAACAGUCAGUAGAAGUUGCUCUAAUUUUCAUGGUGCAUGAACUAUCUGCUAAAGUGACCCAAGGAGGGGUAAAGUUGAAAAAAGAAAACAUGCUACAUGUAUGGGCAUUGGAUUCAGACUAUCUGGGGGUGGAACUUAUUUCACGGGACUAUCUAGUCCCUUGAGGUAGGGAAGAGGAAUCUUGUGAAUUUCCCUCUUCCUUCUGCAGGACCUACAUGGAGGGUUGAAGACCCCUUCAGAACAGCCCGGGAAGUAGCUUUGGGGGCUGUAAUGUGGGUGGGAAGGAAAACUGGCCAAAAAAACCCCUCUUCCUGUAGCACAGCCUUCCCAAAACUUGUGCUCCACAUGUUUUGGACUACAAAAUGCUGCCUGGUGCUGAUGGGAGUUGCAGUCCAGCACAUAUGGAGGGUACCGGCUUGGCGAAAGCUGCUCUAAGGGGAGCCUGUGGUGGGUGUCUGUGCUUCUGCUCCCAGAAUGGCAAGUCUGAAUCCAGCCCAAGGUGUCUGAUUCAUUCAGAAAGCUGCUUAGCCUUUCUGCAACUCGGAAACCGUUCUUGCUAGCAUGUUUUAGAUUGAAUAUGUUGCCUUCUGACCAUCCUUCUACUGCCCUUCCCUGCCCCUCUGUUUCCAAUGUUUAGAGACAUGUGGCAUUGCAUACAUAGCUUAAAAUAGCCAUAUCCAUGCACAGGAGAGGACAUACCUACUGGCUUGGGAAAACCUAAAGUUUGCAGAAGUGCAAAAAAAAGGGGGGGCUAGCGGGAGACUCACAUACCCCCCCAAAAAAAAUCCCAGUUCAAGGGAAAGAAUGAAGCAUGUUUUUAUGAGUACGACUAGCAACAAAAUGUUGCAGUAAAUCCCCACUUGCAGGAUAUCUUCGAGAGAAGCAAAGGCUCAGGAGCUACAACAGUUGGUUGGUGCCUUGUAUGCCUCCUUCUGGGGACUCCUGCAGCUAAGCUGGUGUCAAAUGUCUUGCUCUGCUUUCCUUUGGGCUACAUCAGCGAGGCCGAGAGGAGGGGUCUUGUCAUCUGGGCAGCCCAGGCUGCACCCCAGGGAGGUCACUUCGGUGCGGCUAACGCAGCAGUUUGAUUUCACCCCCGGAUGCACACUCCAUUGUCUCUCAAGACAGAGGGAUGCCAACCCAAGGCAGGAGUGGCUAACCUUUUUCCGCCCAAUGGCCACCACCCUUUGGAGGGUUUCAUGCCAGCUCAUGCUCACAUGCGUGCACUUGCAGCUGGGGCAGGCGAGUUGCCUGCACGAAUGCUCAGCAGUGGGGGGGGGAGGUGACAGAGAAGCAGCCGCACAUGCUUGCUCACUCAAUUUCAGUACACACCCAUCGCUACUAUCCCAGUUUUGCCCUGAGGUAGAAAAACACACCGUUCUUGCUCUCUAGUGCUGCACCGUAGGUUGGAAAGGCCUUUUUCCUCUUUCUCUUAAACAUCCCUAUAUAGUUCAUAGGGUAGGAGUCUUUUGACCACACAGCACUCACCCCUUCUCUAUCGUAAUAAUCUCUCUUCCUCCAGGAUAUUUAGCUCUGUUGAGACUCAACAUAAUGUGCAGUGGUACCUUGGUUUUCGAACUUAAUCCGUUCCGGAAGUCUGUUCUUAAACCAAAGCGUUCUUAAACCAAGGUGUGCUUUCCCAUAGCAGUGGGGGACUCAAUUUACAAAUGGAACACACUCAACAGGAAGCGGAAUAUGUUCUGCUUCCAAGGCAAAGUUCACAAGCCAAAACACCUACUUCCGGGUUUGCAGCGUUCUUAGUCCAAGUUGUUCAUAAACUAAGCUGUUCUUAAUGAGCAUGUGGCUUAUUUAAAAGCAGAUCUAAACCAGACCCAUGUAGAAACCAUGAAUUGGCACCUUUCUAUUCCAAAGUGAUAAGCACUCGGCCAACUGAACUCACUGUUUGUAUGCAUGUGUGCAUUUUUCCCCAUCUUUCCACUGAGAGUACCCAAGGUGUAUAAAAAGUAGAAUUAGUCAUAAAAACUUAACAAUUGAACUAAUAACAAUAAACACUGAUGAUGAUGAUGCAGAGUUUGCAGGCUCAGAAAGCUGAUAUUCAUGCAGAUGAUCUUGCUGUAAGACAUUGCUUUCUGUGUCCCAUUAAAGCUGAAGGGCUACAUAGCGAGGGAACCUGUUGCCCUCCAGAUGUUGUGGCACUAAAUUCCCACGGUUCUUGACCUUUGGACAUGCUGGCUGGGCUGAUGGGAGUUGUAGUAUUGGGAGCGCCAUGGGUUUCCCAUCCCUACUCCAUCCAUAUGUUCGUUGUGAUGUCCAAAUCAGGUGAUUUUUGGUUAGCGCUACCUUUAAAACCAUGGCUUGAAGUGGGCCUGCAAAAACUAUGAUUGUGAUGACCAUCUAAACUGAGCCAGUGUAUUACUCUGUGUACUUGAAUACCUAGUCAGGUUUUUUUAAAUCUUUUUUUCCCUUUUUGUCUGUUUGAUUUUCAGGGGUUAGAAUUGCAGGAAACCUCCUGCCAUACCGCUGAAGCUCACAAAGUAGAUGAAAUGUUUGAGACGGCCUUUGAACACGAGGAGCACAGGAAGAUCCUCUCCCUCAACCAUCACUUUUUAAAUAUUUUAACACCUUGUUGUGUUCUUCCUGUGAAGCUCUAUUCAGAUGCCAGGAACGUCUUGUCUGGAAUUAUUGACUCGCCUGACAACCGGAGGCAGUUGAAAGACGAUUUUCUGAAAAACCUCUUAUGGGUGCUAGUCCAGUACUGCUAUAAGAAAUCAAAAACACACAGAACACAUGAAAGAACACCCAUAUCCAAGCAUAAGUCGCCUUCAGUGGAGCCACCUGAAGUUUUAAGCAAGGCAAUAGAAAGUCCAGACUCCUGGAAAAAUGAUGACCACCUCAGUGUGGAAUCAAUAGAUGAGUGGACUGACGACAGCAAUCUUUUUGAUGAUGAACCCAGCAAAAAAGGACCCAAAAUGGUGUCGCGAGGAAGCACACCAAGACCCUUCUUUUCUCUCCCAGGUUCAGUUGAAAUACACACCACAGACACCGAACUGCCAGAGGCACCCAGUGUCAAUAAACUCUACAAACCUGUUGUCUUUGGUCUUCCUGCUGUAGACACUGGGGGGAAAUGGGGCGUGGUGGAUUUGCCCCCUGUUAAGUUUAGCAACUCUUAUUCUGAGCUGCUAAGCAUCCCCGAAGAGUGGAGAACUGUACCCUUACCUGUGGCCAAACUUUACGAAAUGAAGCAGAAGUUCCCGGAAGACUGGUACCAUUUUGUACUUCGCCAGCUGGACUUCUUCCACUUGAAGGAAAACCCUUCAAGUUUACUCGAGGACAUCGUUAAAGAUGCUGCUUUGAAAGACUUGUACGUCAAGUGUGCCCUGUCCUGCUACAUUGCUGUGUUUGGGUUAGACGAUGUUCUUCCCUCGCCCGGCCACAUAUUCAGAGCCUACAACGGAGGCCUUCCCUGGUCGGUCUGUUUGGACUGGCUGGUGGCAAAGCAGGAGCUGUUUCAGCUGGCCCUGAAAGUGUUCAGGUAACCGUGGCAAGAAACUUUUGAAAUAAGAGUAGCAAAAGCGCAGCUAAGAAGCUCAAAUCAUAUUUAGGACUGGCACCCUUUAUUGGAAAUUAAAACAAAUGUCCAGACUAACAUUCAAAAUCUUUACUUGCAGAAACUUAUAGAUGAAUUAAAACAUAAUAUUUAUAGCCCUAUGCUUCUCCAAGCACGGGCUUGCAGUCUGUUCUUCUAACUUCCAGACAACUGUAUUUUCCUCUUUAUAGAGCUUAGCACUUUCAGCCUUCUGUAUCUCAAUUGGGCCAUGCCUUACAGCUCCUAUGAGAGAUUUCCGCUUUUAUCUUCUGCAGUUUUACCCUCUCUUUUUUCAAGUAGAGAAGCAGUGCUCCAGCAUUACACAUUCCAUUUUUAAGUUUGGAAUAGAGUAGUUGCUUUGGAAGACUAUAAUCAGGCAUCCGCACAACGUGACCAGUCCAGUGAGGACUGGGCUAUAUAUACUAAUAGUAACACCUUGAACUCGGCCCGGUAUCUGUAUUGCAAUUGUUUCCAAGGUAUCUUUUGUUUAUCACUUGUUUGCCUUCCUGGCCUCCUUUGGGAGGAAGAGCAGGAUGUAAAUUCAAUAAACAAUGACUGGGGAUGGGGUGAUUUGCUUCUGCAUUGGGUUCUGGACUUCACUGCCCCCCCUCUGCGCUAUUACAUUGUUUUUUCUUUUACCUCCAGAAACGGGGUUUUUGAAGGAGCAGAAAAAAUGGAUUUGGGUUGCGUUGGGCCUCCGGACUGGGCCUUAGCCACCUCUACUAUAAAGUUGUGCAUUCACAUACAAACAUACAGAGGGAGAGAGAGUAAUAGUAAUAGUAUUGUGAGCCGAAUCACUAAUGUGCCACUGUGCACGUUCAGCAUGGGUUAUAGAGAAUGCACAUAAUCUGUCCAUGAAGAAACACUUGUGCACAUUUCCUGGUCAGUACAUACAGUCUUGAACAAACCUUAAACGAAUGUGCAUUCCUUUACUGGAACUGCAUAAAUCUAGACUGUGCACUGGAGAUAAAAACCAAGGGUGUGUCUCUUGGAGAAAUGUACAAGAUUCCAGUAUUCUUUGAGUGAGACGGGACUCUGAAAUCACAAGGGCAUCGUUAAAAGGCUCGUGACCUGUUCUCAAGAGGCUCUGGCCUUUACAUUUUAAGAAGCCAUGAGUAAGAAUGCUAAUCAGGAAAAGUCAUAAAAUGGACUGCAUGCUGAAGGAUGUCUUUUUUUCUUUUACUUAAAACAGAACCAUUCAGUAAAUGAGUUGGUCAAGCCAUGUGUGGCAGAGCAGCUGCAAUCGCCCUCUACGGCUGCUUGGAUAGAAAGCUGUAAUAUAUUUCUUUGAAAAUUGGUUUUGAUUCAGUAGCCCUCUUACCAUCUAAUGUGCAGUCUAGCCAAAGAGCGUUUAAAAGGUGUUUGCAGGAACUACUGGCCAGACAGGAUAGGGAAACCAUGAAGGCUGAACGAGCUACACGCAAGUAAUUUGCUCCCCAAAUCAGCAGAUGCAGACAUAACCUUACUGUGUGAUUAAUGCAUAAUUAAUCUCAUAAUUAAUCCUAGGCAAAUCUAGCUGUGGCUCCAGCCACACGUGAGUGUUCCCAGGGUGGCAUUAUUAUAGGCAUUCUUUCUUAUGUAGCUUUAUAGAUCUACACAUUGUGCACUGGUCCUUAUAUGGUUUAUCUUGCAGAUACACAGUUAAGCUUUUGGUUGACCAAGCAAGUCUGGGACCAGUGGAAAGUUUCAAAGAGCUGCUAAGCUGUCUUGAAGAAUAUGAAAACGACUGGUACAUUGGACUGGUGUCUGAAGAAAAGUGGCAGCAAGCUGUUUUACGAGAAAAGCCAUAUCUUUUUUCCUUGGGGCAUGACCCUAAUAUGGUAAGUGGUUUUUCUAUUUUUCAUGCAUGAAUUUUGCUGCAAGGCACAAGAAUGUUGGUUUGUUUUUUUUUAAGGAGUGUUAAUUAAAAAGAGUUCAAAUGAACUUUUUAGACCCAAUCCAUGUGCUUGAAUUAGAUGUAGCUAUUGGACAACGACUCCUUUAAUUGAAUCCAAAACUAUGAUUCAGCUGUUGUAACUGGCUUAGGGGCAUGAAACCACCAAUUUCUUUACUCAAUUAAUAACCUUGUAAGGUAUUUUAUGGCCUUGGAUUGUAUCCAAGGAUGUUCCUCUGCUUCCAAAGGGCACUUUGACUCAGCAGAUGUUUCCAUCUGUGGAAUAGGUAGGGACACGCUCAUUCUUAGGCAUGUAGGACCAUGUCAUUACCGAGGAGGCAGGCUUAGUUGUUGUUUGAGGACCAUCCCUGCCUCCGGGUCUGGCCCUGACCAGAAGGAUACUGGAAUCAGCAAGGGAAACCCACAUGACCUGAAAGUGUUGCUGUGCAAUGCCAGGUCAAUGAUGAAUAAGACCACUGCCAUCCACGACCUGAUUGUGGAUGAAGAACUUGACCUGGCAUGUGUGACAGAGACUUGGUUGGAUGAAGCAGAUGGGCCUGUCCUUGCUGCUGCUUGUCCACCAGGUUUCUCUUACACGCAGCAACCCAGGUCAUGUGAGCGGGGUGUGUGUGUGUGUGUUGCAGUGAUUUUUAGGAAGUCACUAGUUUGCUCCAGGUGUCCUAUUGGGAAGACCCAGUUUUCUGAGUGCAUGUUCUGGAAGUUGGGCAAUAGGGACAGUACAGAAUUCCUUUUGGUGUACUGACCUCCCUGCUGCACCAAGGAUUCCCUGCCUGAGCUGCUUCAGGUCGUGGCGGAUGUACUCCUGGAGACACCUAAUUUGGUUGUCCUACCUAGGGGAUUUUAACAUCCAUGCCGACACGAACUUACAAGGGGCCGAUUGGGACAUCGUGGAAAACAUGGCCUCCAUGGGGCUGUCCCUAAAUAAGUUUGGCCCACCUCAUAGCUGCAGACAUGCCUUAGACCUGGUGUUCACCUCUAUGGAUGUUGGUGAUCUGACACUAAGUAAAAGCGAAACAAAAGAAGUGCCAUAGUCAGAUCACUUCCUGGUGCAACUGGACUUCUCCGUGACCCUUCCCCUCUGCAGGGAGGUGGGACUGAUUUGGAUGGUCUGCCCCCGCCACUUAAUGGAUCCAAAUGGCUUCCAGAGAGUGGUAGGGGAUGUGAGAGUGGUAGGGGAUGCUUCCAGAGAGUGGUAGGGGAUGUGAAAGGAUGGCCUUUCAGCUGAUUCCCUGGUGACCUACCGGAAUGCAGAGUUAACCAGGGCUAUUGACUAUCUGGCUCUGAAGUGCCCUCCGAUUGCUCCAUGGUUUUCCCUGGAGCUGAGGGUGAUGAAACAACUGUUGAGAUGGCUAGAGUGCAGGUGGCAGAAAACUCAUUCUGAAUCGGACCAGACACGGGUUAGAGCUCAGCGUUGAGCCUACCAAAUGGCGACGGUGAAGAGGACCUUCUUCACUGCCUCUAUUGCAACUGCAGAAAACAGCAGCAGGAGACUCUUUCAGGUGGUUCGCAAUCUAUCGGAACCACCUUCAGCACCAGAGCCUGGUCGGGACCCCAAGAUCUCCUGCAAUGCUUUUGCAAAGUUUUUUGCAGAUAAAGUUGCUCAGAUUCGGAAGGAGGUAGACUCCACUGUGGGAGCAGGGCUGGGGCAGGAGAGUGCUGGAGUCCUGUCUAGUUAUGUUAUAUGGGAUCAGUUCCAAUCUGUUACCUCCGGGGAUGUGGGCAGGCUGCUUGGACGAGUGAAACCAACCACCUGUCUCCUUGAUCCUUGCCCAUCCUGGCUAAUAAAAGCGAGCCAGGAAGGGCUGGGUGAUGGGCUCUGUGGGGUGGUGAAUGCUUCCCUCUGCGAGGGAGCCUUCCCAGACCCGCUGAAAGAGGCAGUCAUUAAACCGCUUCUUUAAGAAACAUCUUUAGACCUGGCCAAUAUGGCCAACUAUUGCCCAGUUUCAAAUCUUCCAUUCUUGGGUAAGGUGAUUGAGCGGGUGGUUUCCGAGCACAAUUGAAAGUGUUGGUGCUGACCUUUAAAGCCUUAAACAGCCUCGGCCCAGUAUACCUGAAGGAGCAUCUCCACCCCCAUCGUUCAGCCCGGACACAGAGAUCCAGCACCGAGGGCCUUCUGGCGGUUUCCUCACUACGAGAAGUGAGGUUACAGGGAACCAGGCAGAGGGCCUUCUCGGUAGUGGUGCCUGCCCUGUGGAACGCCUUCCCAUCAGAUGUCAAGGAAAUAAGCAACUCUCCUACUUUUAAAAGACAUCUGAAGGCAGUCCUCUUUAGGGAAGUUUUUAAUGAUUAAUGCUGUAUUGUGUUUUUAAUAUUCAAUUGGGAGCCACCCAGAGUGGCUGGGGAAACCCAGCCAGAUGGGUGGGGUAUAAAUAAUAAUAAUAAUUAUUAUUUUAUUAUUAUUAUUAUUGGAAGAUGCUUUAUACAGAGUUUGGUCUGCCUAGCUCAGUAGUGUGUACACCGACUGGAAGUGGCUUUCCAGGGUUUGACACGGGACAUUCCCAACACUACCUGGAGAUCUUGGGAGUUGAAUCAGCGGCCUUCUGCAUGCAAAGCAGAUGCUCUACCAUUGAGCUAUGGUCCUUCACUCUGCAACCCCGUCACCAUCUCCCACACUACUUUACUAGAAUAUUUGAGUGAAAAACUGCCUUGCUCCCCAUUCCAACGACAAGCUUCUGAUGGGUCAGAAUCUGCUGUCAGCAAUACACAAGAGCGCUGAUUUCCUGCGUAUGUGCCUUUGUCUUUCAGGGAGUUUAUACCAGCAGAGUCCUCACCCUUCAGGAAUUCCUAGUGCAAGUGGGGAAACUGAACAGUGAAGCUGUUAGAGGGCAGUGGGCAAACCUUUCUUGGGAGCUACUCUAUGCCACCAACGACGACGAGGAACGCUACAGUAUCCAAGCUCAUCCUGUCCUUUUGAGGAACCUGACCAUACAAGCAGCAGAUCCUCCCCUGGGCUACCCAGUUUAUUCCAGCGAACCUCUCCAUGUACCUUUGCUCUAG